GCGAGGAGGAAAACGGAACCUGGUCUGGCAUGAUGGGGAGACUUGCACGAAACGAGGUGGACAUUGGAUUAGUGGAUCUUUAUGUAACCCACGUCAGGAUAGGGAUUCUGGACUACACCACGCCCUACGACUCUGAGGUAAGGUCAGGGGUCACGCUAGGUCAUGUCAGGUUAGGUUUGGUUUGGUAAAGGUUUAAAUUUUCCGUCUUUUGUGUUUUUUCUUUUUUCCCUUCCUUUUUUUUUCCUUCCAUCUUUCCUUCAUCUGUUUUCAUCCUCUCCCUUGCUUCAUUCACCUGCUCCUCCCUUCCCUUCCUUCCUUCCUUCAUAUUUCUCCCUCCUUUCCACGCUUCUUCUCUCUUCUACCUUUCCUUCGCCUGUUUCUUUUCCUUUCCUUCCCUUUCCUCUAUUUUUUCCUUCACCUUUUCUCUUCAAUCUUCUUUCAGUCCCUCCUUCAUCCUUUCCAUCAUCCUGACUUUAUUUUCAUCUGUUCCUCUUCCUCCCUUCCAUCUAUCUCCCUCCCAAUCUUCCCCAGCUGAGUUGCUUCAUGGCACGCACGGAGCCGCCCCUCCCACGAUGGCAGGCCCUUGCGUUCCCCUUCCAAGGCACUACCUGGAUGGCUAUAGCGGUGGGGCUCGUGGUGGCUGGUCCUGUACUUGCUCUCCUAGCCCGCGGCAGUGCCCUCUGCGGGGACGAGGAGGCCAGCUUGCAGUCCCUGGGGGUGAGUUGGUACUACGCUCUCGGCCUUCACUGCUGCGAGGCUCAGGAGAAGAUUCCACGCAUGCAGUCAACCCGUGUCUUCGUGGCCACACUCUGGAUCUACACUAUCAUUCUCACUAUCGUCUACUCUACCAACCUCACUGCCUUCCUGCUGGUGGCGAAACCUCCGGCUACCAUUGAGACCAUUAAAGACCUUCACGCCUCUGGUCUCGAAGUCUCUGGGGUUGGGAAAUUCUAUGGUGACGCCCUGGGUUCUGCUAGUGACCCCUACUUGAAGAGCCUCCAGCAGAAGUUCAGAGCCUACGUGGAAGCUGCAGAGAUCUUCCCGAGGGUGCUAAGAGGCAGUGCAGUCAUGAUACAAAACAGUCCCUUUCUUGAGUUCGUCGCCGCUACGCGCUUCGCCACCAGAGGGCAGUCCAGGAUGCGUCUUAUGAAGGAGUGCUUUGCCCCCUUCAGCAUCGCCCUCGCCGUGCAGCGCCACUCCCCACUGAAGCAAAAAAUUUCGACAGAAUCAUAGGCUGGACAAAUAACGCAGGCCUACCCAGAUAUUUCUUCCUCCGUUCCCUCAGACUCUACCGCCAG